GCGGCCACUUACACUAUCAUCAGUGAAGGAUUAGAGAGCACAGCAGAGAAGACUUGCUGAAAGAACCAAGGGCAAGACUGGAACUAAAACUUUGCCAUCAGCAUGUCCAAAGUAUUUAAGAAGACCAGUGGGAAUGGAACUAUUGCCUUGCACUUGGGGAAGAGAGACUUUGUGGACAAUGUGGAUUCAGUGGAAAUAGUUGAAGGGGUUGUUAAAGUGGAUCCUUCUGGUCUUAAGGACAGAAAAGUGUUUGUCUACCUUGCUUGUGCCUUCCGCUAUGGAAGUGAUAGCUUAGAUGUCAUGGGACUGUCCUUCAGAAGGGAUAUCUGGAUGCAGCGUGUUCAGGUGUAUCCACCUACAGGUGGCAGUGUAACAAAAUCACCAAUGUUGGAAUCCCUCUUGAAAAAAGUUGGAGAGCAGGGACAUGCCUUUUCCUUCCAGAUGCCACCAAAUCUUCCGUGUUCAGUUUCCCUGCAUCCUGGCCCACGUGAUUCUGGCAAAGCUUGUGGUGUGGACUUUGAGAUUAAAGCAUACAUUGCCAAUGCACCUGAUAAUCCAGAUGAAGUCAUUGAAAAAAAGGAUACUUGCCGUCUGAUGAUUCGUAAAAUACAGUUUGCCCCAGCUACCAACAAGGCCGGACCCAAGGUUAACAUAACCAAGCAGUUUAUGAUGAGUGACAAAACAAUGCACUUGGACGUUUCCCUUGAAAAAGAGGUUUAUUACCACGGAGAUCCAAUAACUGUUAAAGUAAAAGUCAACAAUGAAACCAACAAGACUGUGAAGAAAAUCAAAGUCUCAGUUGACCAGUUCACAAAUGUGGUCCUCUACUCAUCUGACACCUAUAGCAAGGAAGUCUGUGCUCAAGAGUUUGGAGAGACAAUAAAUGCCACCUCUACAUUUGAGAAGUCCUUCCAAGUAACCCCCCUGCUUUCCAACAACAAAGAAAAGCGAGGUCUUGGAGUGGAUGGACGUCUAAAAGAUGAGGACACCAACUUAGCAUCCACAACACUGAGUCAGGGAGACAAGGAGAUGCAUGGAAUUAUUAUCUCCUACAAAGUCAAGGUCACUCUAACAGUUUCAAGUGGAGGUCUGCUGGGUGGCUUUACAGGAAGUGAUGCUGUUGUGGAGCUUCCUGUGAUACUGAUGUCCCCAAAGCCUGCAGAAGUCAAAUUGGAUUAAAUGCCUCUGUAGUUCAGGUCAGACAUCACAAUUAAGACUGUGGACGGCCGAGACAGCCAGUGAAGGAAAAUCAUCUUUCAUACAGAGAACACAGAACUCAAAGGAACUCAUUAUCAGUGAAGAGCACAAAGUGCUCCAGUUUCCCCUGUAUAUAUUAAUUUCUAUUAUAAAUAACUACACGAACGCAGUCACUGAAAGAGUCAUAAGUCUAUAUAAGUCAUAGCUCUUUAUAGAAUCCAACAUGUGUGUUGCAUAAGAAAGAGAGUUGACCUUUCAAUACAUAUUACUGACACUGAAGAUGCAGGACAUAGUUUAACAUUAAUCUUUAUUAUUGUGCCAUUAGAGAAGACAUACUGAAAAAAUGUUGAAUAAAUGAAUAAAUGAAUAUUCCCAAAACACCUGUACUUGUGACACUCUGUUAAGACA